UCUGAUUGGUUGAACGCUUGGUAGAGAUUGUUUUGAUGGAGCGCUGCCCUGUUUGUGAAGACAGAGUGCGGCCAUUUUGUUAUAAUUCGGCUGUAAAUUUGUUAAUAAGGGAAAGAAUAACAAACUCUGACGUGAUUUCAUAUGAUUUUUCUUUUAAAUAAUACUCGUGAUUACGGUAGGAGUCGGUUGUGAGUGAGUGGUGGUGGUUAUGGAGGAGCGAGGAGAGUCGAUGUGAUUUGCAGACAGCGUUCCGGUUCUGACAGAGGUUGCUUUCUCCGGGACAUUUUCUCCACGGGGUCGCUGUUAUGAAUGGAGGAUAAACAGCAAUACUAAUUAUAAUAAAUGGUGGCGACAUCUGACCGCAGCUCUUCCCGCCUCCUCCUCGCGCUUCUGUCCGUCCUGAGGCUCACGGAUCCGCCGCUGGCCGGGCCACGGUUAGCACUGGCCACACCGCUGUCAGAGCCACGUUGCGCUCAGGACCAGUUCGCAUGUCUCAGUGGAAGGAUGCAGUGUAUCCCCCUGGACUGGAGGUGUGAUGGCUGGACCGCCUGCGAGGACAAGAGUGACGAGAUGGACUGUCCUCCGAUGAAGGAGGAGCGAUAUCGCUAUGGCAGCGGCUUUGAUCAGAUGGAGGACGUGAUGGGCGUGGCACAGCCUGUGCGCUUUAACAAAAAAUGCCCGAGUGGAUGGCACCACUAUGAGAAGACUUCAAGCUGUUAUAAAGUGUAUGAGCGAGGGGAGAAUUACUGGCAGGCCGGAGAGACGUGUCAGAGAGUGAACGGCUCGCUCGCCACCUUCAGCACCAACGAAGAGCUACAGUUCAUCCUCAAGAUUGACCAGAGAGUGUGUGAGCGCAGAGACCAGUGCAGUUUCUGGGUGGGCUACCAGUACGUCAUCACCAAUCAGAGUCGAUCGUUUGAGGGCCGAUGGGAGGUGGCCUAUAAAGGCUCUUUGCAGGUGUUUCUCCCCCCAGAGGGAUUGUGGAGUGUGUCAGAUGCGAGCGUGAAGCAGGACAGUGUGUACUGCGCACAGCUGCAACGCUUUCACAACAGGAAUAUGAACGAGCGUGGCUUACACAGCUGGCACACCGAGAACUGCUACAAACCCUUCCCUUUUCUCUGCAAAAGACGACAGACAUGUGUGGAUAUCCGGGAUAACGUGGUCAGCGAGGGUCUGUAUUUCACGCCCAAGGGGGACGACCCGUGUCUGAGCUGCACGUGUCACGACGGCGAGGCGGAGAUGUGUGUGGCGGCACUGUGCGAAAGGCCGCAGGGUUGUACACACUUCACAAAGGACCCUAAAGAGUGCUGCAAAUUCACCUGCCUCGAUCUGGGUGGCAGCAGUCUGUUUGACUCCAUGGCGAGUGGUAUGCGUCUGAUCAUCAGUUGUAUCUCGUCGUUCCUGGUGUUGUCUUUGCUGCUCUUUAUGAUACAUCGUUUACGGCAGAGACGUAGAGAGCGCAUUGACACGCUAAUCGGAGGGAACUUGCACCACUUUAACCUGGGUCGACGUGUGCCUGCCUUCGAUUAUGGCUCUGAUGUGUUUGGGACUGGUCUCACACCACUACACCUGUCAGAUGAUGGAGAGGGUGGGGCUUUCCACUUUCAGGAGCCCCCACCCCCUUAUGCAGCAUACAAGUACCCUGAGCUUCGCCCACCAGAUGAGCCCCCACCCCCUUAUGAAGCUUCCAUCAACCCUAACUCUCUUCUCUACAUGGGACUUGGGCUGAAUGGUACACAGGACAAUGGAGCAGGUGGAACACUCUGCAGAACCCCUCUUCAGGCCCCACCCCCUCCCCUUGAAGAGAGGGCAGAAUCGAUUGACAGCAGUACAAUGUUGGUGACCCCAGACACUCCCACAGAGACCGAUGACCUCGACCUUAGCUCCACCCUUGAUUCCACUAACACCACCUCACUCAGUACGGUGGUUUGAGGAAAUGGAUUUUUGAUUGCUAUGGGUGGGGCCUCAGGAAAAAAACAGGAUGGGUUUCUAUGUACAAUGAACUGACUGAGUGUUUGAGCUUCGGUUGUUAAGUGUAAAUAUGGCUGCUCGUUUUACUUCCUUCUCCACAGACUAAUGAUGACGAGGGGUGGAGCUUCAGCUGUCUUUCUGUCUUCUGUUGUGAAUGUGUGACACUCCUGACUUUCCAUCGUCAUGACCCACACAGCUGAUGCUUCGGAGUUCCUUCCUUCCUUCCUUCACAUGGCUGGGUUUCAUGGUAGAUCUUGAAUGACCCCGGACCUUUUCACCUUUCUACUCCUUUGCUUCCCUCAUCCUGCUAUAAGAGCCUUGUCCCCUUCAAGGGCUGUGUCCAUAAUGCUGCAGUGACAUGGUGUUUAUCAAACCCUUUCUCUGUCUCAUUGCAGAAUUGGUGUAUACAGUGACGGUACGUGACUGAAGGCAGCAUGCAGCCAUGUAAAUGUUGCCAUGGUGUUUAGUUUCGCACCUCUAUCACAUAGCUAACAUAAUGUUGAUUUUUAUUGUAGAUCACCAGGUGCGCCUACAAGCCAUUAGGGUCCCAUGUUUCCUGGAAAACAUGGUGUUGGUGCCAUGUUUGUCAUAGUUUAGCAUAUGACGCUUUAUUCUUUCUGCACUAUAUUAAGCUGAAGCUUUGGACAGUGUUUUGUCAACUUGAUUUGAUUGGGGGAAAAUCUCAUCUCAUGUAGACAGUUGUAUGCCAUUUUCUAAAGGUUAAAUUCAUGUGCUCAAGAAAUGAGUGGUUGGUUAGGGAGUGGGGCUUUUUUUUUUUUUUUAAAACCUGCAUCGACAUUUACAGGGCUUUAACUGUGUGUAAACCAGCUCUUGGGUGAAGUGUUGUGCAUGUAACAAUUGUCGUUUUGUUUUUUGUUUUUUUAAUAUUACAAUAGCUACACUGAUUAAUUUAAAAAAAAUUAAGUCUGCACCCAUUUUGUUUUCAGCAAAUGUAAAACUAAGUAAUUAAAAUCUGGUCCGAUUGGGCACAUACAAUGUAAAGUUCAGAUCCUAUUUUUUUUCUCCCCCCCCCCCAAAAAAAAAAAAAAACAAGGAAAUUUCUUUUAAAAGGGGUUGUGGACCCAGUACUGUCAGGGCCAAGGGCCUGAAACCUGUGGCCAUGCAUGACUACAAUCUACAAUGGGGGGGGGGUUACCACUACGGUCUGAGAGCACAGGUUUGUGAUAUUUCUGGAGUUAGCUUAAUGAGCUAAACUUGUUGUAGGUGUACAGUUGAACAGCUGUUAUCACCAACUCCAAAUCAAUUUUGAUCUAAUCGGCCACGGCCUUCAUGGGCGAGCCCUGUUAGGAGAUGGAAGCGCUUCUAAGGGAACAUGGUGCUUAUAGAGGAUGCAGUGUUUUGCGGGGUAGAUCAGAGUCCCAGUCUGUCUUUCGACUGUAACACUGUGUAUGUCUCAAGCCAUACAUCUUUGUACGGAGGCUGCUACAGUACGCGUCAGCCCUGGUUCAGGCAAAAUUUCAAACGGAACGGAUUUAAACCAGAUGCUGGCGAUGUGGAUAUUCAGAUACGACCUUAUUCGCUGAACAUGUUUUGCAAUGGAUUUAAUUGAUCCAGUGUACCGGUUGAUAAAGAAAAAAAACACACUUAUAUUUUUAGUGAACAAUUGCUACGUUUCAUUAUAUAUUUUUUUUUAAAGGGCAAAUCGGUGACAGACCCAAACUAAGAAGUAAAUGUGUCACCAGGGCUGAACUGCAGGAUGCAGUCCCCCUUGUCUAAAAUGGGAGAUUUCCUACAAUACACAUGAAAAUGAAUCAUUCACUACUGUAUCAUCCCUAUCACUGGCAUCACAGUUCAGUUUGGUAGUCUAGUUGGGGUAUGUGCCAAUACGUUGCAGCAUUUGAUCACAAUUUUAGGGUCUUCGAUAACACUAUGGUGUGGUGAUCAAUUAUUGAUAAACUCUGACAUGGUUAUUCAUUAAAACUUUUUUUAAUUUAUGGUUUUAAAUUCUCAGACUUUGUUCAUGGAUUUGGAAGACACUGUAAACCCACUCUGGCAAUAUUUAACUAACCCCAUUUAAUCUUUGACCCUGUGGUUGAUUGGCACAGACAAUCCUCAGUAAAAUGCCAGUUUUACGGUCUCCUCUUGAUCGUGUAAUGAGCAGGGUGUGUAUGUGGUGAUGGACUCGAUCAAUACCAAGCAUCUCUUCACAGGUUGAUUUUGAUUUAAUUUUCUGCGUUUGUUGUCGUUGUUCUGCAUGUUUUUCUCUGCGAUUGUGAGGAGUUUUAACAAGAAAACACUAAUAAAUCAAAUGUUUUGUGUAAAUUGCUACAACUGCUAUAUUUUAAUGUUUAAUUUCAGGUUUUUAAUGUAAUUUCCUGUUGGUUUUGUGUUGUACUCUGUAUAGCUCAUCAUCAUCAGGCACCAAAUAAACUUCACUGAAGUCA